AUGUGGCGAAUUCUUGGCUUGCAGGUAUUCAGACAGCUGGUGCGAAACAACACCACUGACUCCAGCCUCAUUCUGGAGAGAUCAAUAAACCGUGUCCAGCUGCUGGGCCGAGUGGGCCAGGAACCCGUGAUGAGACAAGUGGAGGGCCGCAACCCCGUCACCAUCUUCUCCCUUGCCACCAACGAAAUGUGGCGUUCGGGGGAGGGCGAGACGAGCCCGUCAGGUGAUAUCAGCCAAAAGACAACGUGGCACCGCGUGUCCGUCUUCAAACCCGGUUUGAGGGACGUGGCCUACCAGUACAUCAAGAAAGGGGCCAGGAUUCUUGUGGAGGGCAAACUGGAUUACGGCGAAUACGUGGAUAAGAACCAAGUCAGACGCCAGGCCACCACCAUCAUUGCAGACAAUAUAAUCUUCUUGAGUGACAAUGUUCGCGACAGAACCUGA